AUGCCCAAGGUUCAAAAGCCCCGUGCUCCUCGUGCUCAAACUUCGACUGAACAGAAGCGUGCUCGCGCUGCGCGAGUAGAAGAGGAGGGUCUUGAAAUGGAUUUUCGGUGUAAGCGUUGUGAAGAGAAGAAGCUUCGCUGCUUCGUUGAGACGUCUUCCGGCCGUUGUGCUGGGUGCAUCUCGGUUGGUGCUGAGUGCAGUUUGUUUGUUUCCGAGGAAGAGUGGGAAAAGGUUCGUGAGGAACGUGAGGAGAGAGAGCUGGCGGUCGCCCGUCUUGAGGCGCAGCUUUCUCAACAAAAGUUGGAGCUCUUAGAAGUAAAGAAGCGUGAGCGGAUGUUUGCUCGUCGCGAUUUGGCAAUUCUCGCUGUCCAAGAUCGUGCAAAAGAGCAGGCCGAGGGGAGCUCAGCCCCUAGGGGUACGGGCCUUCCUGUUGUCGAACCAUCGCUAUCCGAACCGUUGGCUGAUCCGGGCUGGUUAUAG